ACUGUGCGCAUCAGCUGGAGAGACAGGGACAUGACUGAUGCAUCGCUCUUCUGGAUUAUGAUUGCUCCGUCCAGGAAUCUUCAUCAAAUGAGGGAUCCUCCUUCCUCUCCGGCAGGUGUUGGUUUUAGUAGAGCCUAAUGCUGUGAGGGGCCUUCUGACUAUGUAAAAGGAUUGCCUAUAACAGAUCAUUACUUUAACAAUACUCGGGAUUAAUACAAUAAAUCCAAUAGGGUGCUGAGGGCUUCUGUCCCGGAAGAGGGUACAGGAGCAUCACCCAAUAUUAAAAGGACAGUUGAACAGAGAAGGCUCCUGCGUGCAUGAGGAUCACUGAGCCGAUAAAAAAAAGUCCUGGACCUCAGGGAGCUGUCGUGGAAGAGUUCCUUCAGUGGCUCAGGCAGCAUGUGUCAGCCAUGCAGGGAUCGCACAAGAGAAAGCUGAGCGCUAAAUGCAGCCCCCUGCGUGAGUUUGGUGGAGGGGCUCUGGAGCUCAGACACUACAAGUCCAUCGAUACAAAGAAUACGCUGAGUGAUGCCGGGGAUAUUAAUUCCAACUCCUCUCGUCCAGAGACUGCUGUGUCUAUGCCAGCCAGCCCAGCGAGGACCUACAGCAGAGGCAGAGGGUCUCCUCUCACGGGAUACGACACAGAUCCGAACAGUGGGAGCUAUAAUAAUCUCUCCAGUGGGGCAAGCUACUACAGCUGUGUCAGUCAGAUCACCAUAGGUUUUGAAGUUAAAGGCCCAGUUUCAAUAGGAAUAUCACACUGGAAACCCUCAUAUGUUCACAAAGAGUCUUCUCAUCCGUUUGAACAAUCCCAGCACAAUCCUGAUGUUCCAACAGCUCCAGUAUCCUGCUCCUUUCUGACACAGAUGGAUUUAUCAGCAUCUUUAUCCUGCCCAACCUCAUUGUCCAUUAUACCUACAGUGUCUCGGAGCAGUAGUCUGGAAACUCUAAGUCAGGACUCAGAAACCAACCAGGAAAUAAGUAUAUCCAUUCAUGGGUCUAAAAACCAAGUACAGAUUCAUCAAAGGAAAAGUGUGGUACAUCAUUUUGUACCGAACGAUCGGAUUGUGGUUAGACACUCCUCGCUUCCUCCUCUCAGAAGGGCAAUAAAAAUGGAGGCCUCGUCUUCUGGCAAGAGCGCACUCUCAAAUGGAAACACAGGAGUUCAUUAUCCAGGUGUUAAGGACAUUAAUAUAUUCUUUGAUGAUUUGGAUGCUGCAAACAGUCCUAAAGAUGAUGACUCUUUGCUGCAUGGUGGCAAUCUGACAAGUAUGUCAGAUGAGGUCAGCAGACUAGAUGCAGAAGGAGAGAUUCCGAUUGUUCCAGAGAAAAACAGAACAAAUGGCUUAUUUUUAAAUGACGGAAAAUGCCGUAUUGAUUACAUACUAGUAUACAAAAAAUCAAGCCCCCAAUCAGAGAAAAGAGAGAUUUUUGAAAGGAAUAUUAGGGCAGAAGGAUUGCAGAUGGAAAAAGAGUUAUCCAUCACCAACAGUGACAUCAUGUUCGUAAAACUUCAUGCUCCCUGGGAGGUUCUAGGAAGAUACGCAGAACUUAUGAAUGUUAGGAUGCCGUUCAGGAGAAAAAUCUAUUACCUGCACCGACGGUACAAGUUCAUGAGCAGGAUGGAGAAGCAGUUGAGCAGGUUCCGUGGAUGGUUGCCUAAAAAGCCUAUGAGACUGGACAAGGAGACAAUACCAGACCUGGAGGAGAAUGACUGUUACACUGCUCCCUUCAGUCAGCAGAGGAUUCAUCAUUUCAUCAUAAAUAACAGAGACACCUUUUUCAACAAUGCCACAAGAAGUCGGAUUGUACAUCAUAUUUUACAGAGAGUUAAAUAUGAAGAGGGGAAAAAUAAAAUUGGACUGAACCGCUUGCUCUCUAACUGCACCUAUGACGCUGCGUUCCCUUUACAUGAGGGAAGUUACAGAAGUAAAAACUCAAUAAAGACUCAUGGAGCAGAAAAUCACAGGCAUCUUCUUUUUGAGUGCUGGGCUUCCUGGGGAGUAUGGUACAAGUAUCAGCCUCUGGAUCUUGUACGGAGGUAUUUUGGAGAGAAGAUUGGCUUAUAUUUCGCAUGGCUGGGUUGGUAUACAGGAAUGUUAUUCCCAGCAGCAAUCAUUGGGCUAUUUGUAUUCUUAUAUGGAAUGUUUACAUUGGAUAACUGCCAAGUCAGCAGAGAAAUCUGCCAAGCCACAAAUGUUACUAUGUGUCCACUGUGUGAUAAAUAUUGCCCCUUUAUGAAGUUAUCAGACAGCUGCGUCUAUGCCAAGGUUACCCAUCUUUUUGACAAUGGAGCAACUGUAUUCUUUGCUGUUUUCAUGGCAGUUUGGGCUACUGUGUUUCUGGAGUUUUGGAAACGAAGACGAGCUGUAAUUGCCUAUGACUGGGAUUUAAUUGACUGGGAAGAAGAGGAGGAAGAAAUCCGUCCACAAUUUGAAGCCAAAUACUCAAAAAAAGAACGGCUAAACCCAAUAUCAGGAAAGCCGGAGCCUUACCAAGCAUUUGCAGACAAAUGCAGCAGACUUGUGGUAUCUGCUUCUGGAAUAUUUUUUAUGAUUUGUGUGGUCAUUGCUGCUGUUUUUGGCAUUGUUAUAUAUCGUGUUGUUACUGUCAGUACAUUUGCUGCCUUUAAAUGGGCCUUAAUCAGGAAUAAUUCUCAGGUUGCUACCACAGGGACUGCGGUGUGCAUCAACUUUUGCAUCAUAAUGCUUCUGAAUGUGCUCUAUGAAAAAGUUGCUAUUCUUCUCACUAACCUCGAACAGCCACGUACUGAAUCAGAGUGGGAGAACAGCUUUACUUUGAAAAUGUUUCUUUUUCAGUUUGUCAAUCUGAACAGUUCGACCUUUUACAUAGCAUUCUUCCUUGGAAGGUUUACAGGAAGACCGGGUGCUUAUUUAAGGCUUAUAAACAGAUGGCGACUGGAAGAGUGUCACCCCAGUGGAUGCCUUAUUGAUUUAUGCAUGCAGAUGGGCAUAAUAAUGGCACUGAAGCAAACAUGGAAUAACUUCAUGGAACUUGGUUACCCGUUGAUCCAGAAUUGGUGGACACGCAGAAAGUUAAGACAAGAACAUGGUGCUCAUGGGAAAGCUAGCUUUCCUCAAUGGGAGAAAGACUAUAACCUGCAACCCAUCAAUGCUUAUGGAUUAUUUGAAGAAUACCUUGAAAUGAUUCUUCAGUUCGGUUUUACUACCAUAUUUGUGGCUGCAUUUCCACUUGCACCGCUCCUUGCCUUACUCAACAAUAUUAUAGAAAUCCGUCUCGAUGCUUACAAAUUCAUCACUCAGUGGAGGAGACCAUUAGCUUCACGAGCCAAGGACAUAGGUAUUUGGUACGGGAUUCUAGAAGGCAUUGGGAUUCUGUCAGUUAUCACCAAUGCGUUUGUCAUAGCCAUUACCUCGGACUUCAUUCCUCGACUAGUUUAUGCCUAUAAAUAUGGACCUUGUGCAGGGCAAGGACAAGCUGGAGAAAAGUGCAUGGUUGGCUAUGUAAAUGCCAGCCUUUCUGUCUUCCUUGUCAAUGAUUUUGAAAACCGCUCAGACUCUGAAUUUCAUGCAAGAAGAUUAAAUGGAUUUCCUGUGAAAUAUUGCCGGUACCGAGACUACAGAGAUCCACCUCACGCUUCUGAGCCAUACGCUUACACACUACAGUUUUGGCAUGUUCUUGCUGCACGCUUAGCUUUUAUCAUUGUGUUUGAGCAUCUGGUCUUUUGCAUAAAGAAUCUGAUCUCCUACCUGAUACCAGACCUUCCUAAAGACUUGAGGGAUCGAAUGCGAAGAGAAAAAUACCUUAUACAAGAAAUGAUGUAUGAAGCAGAACUGGAGAGAGUACAAAAGGAGAAGAAAGAGAGGAAGAAAAAUGAGAAAUAUCAGCAUAACGAGUGGCCCUAAUUGGGAAUGAAGAGAGAUAAUAUUUACCAAGAGAACUAGAACUGGUAUCUUACAACUUAUUGCAUGGAAACAAGAUACGAGGCCACGGCACAGCAUUUGAACCCAGCAACUGAUCUACUGUGAAAUGAUCUUGCUAUGUGACAUUGCGUGUUUCUAGUUACACAGCGAGCAUGUGAUCACUGGAAGACACCUUCUGCUAUUUAAACUCUAUAUACAGAAAAGGAUUCAGUCAGACAUUUUUCCACCUUUUUGUACUGUUUAUUUUGCAUAUUGCUUCCGGUGUUUUACAAAGUGUGAAUAUUCCCACUAGUCUCUGACUUAUAGGAUAUCUUCCAUUCGAUCACCAGACUUGGAACUGCAAACCUGUUUACAGCGCAAUAUGUUUUUGUACUUCAGAUAUUUCUGAGGAAAGUUUCUAUAUUGUUGUACAUCCUAUAUAAAUGUAAAUAUGUGUACAUAGUUCAAGAAGCCUCAUGUUUGUACAUAGCCAAAACUAAACGGAGAAUAUUACAUUUUCAAGCAGAAAAGGUUCUUGGGCAUAAAGCCACAUUUUAUGCUUGUAUAAUGUGAUGCAAUAAAUUGAAUUAUGCACCUGAAA